CAACUACUGGAUUAAUUAGCAAGAGACGGGAGACUUUCCAGCUAAUUCCAAUAAGGAGUUCGGUUAUUUUUGUUCUAUAAAGUAGUGGACUACCGACCCCUCCCCACUCCAGCAAUAGUAUGUAUCCUUGUUAUACAUCAAAGAUUCAGUGAGAGGCAAGCCAUGUCCAUGCUCAAAUUCUCAGUAGAAUUCCUACUCAUCCUCCUGACUGUGGCCCUCUUUCUCUCUGUUAAACUCGUCAAAUGGAAGAGAAAGCAGCUAAAGCUCCCACCUGGUCGACAAGGAUGGCCUUUCGUCGGCGAAACCUUCGGAUAUCUCAAGCCUCAUCCGGCUACUUCUGUCGGCCACUUCAUGGAGCAACAUGUGUCGAGGUACGGGAAGAUCUACCGGUCGAAUCUCUUCGGCGAGCCGACGAUCGUGUCGGCGGACGCAGGGCUGAACAGGUUCAUACUGCAGAACGAGGGGAAGCUGUUCGAGUGCAGCUACCCUAGCAGCAUCGGCGGCAUCCUGGGAAAGUGGUCCAUGCUGGUUCUAGUCGGCGACAUGCAUCGCGAAAUGCGAAUUAUCUCCCUCAACUUCAUGAGCAGCGUCAGGCUUCGAUCGCACCUCUUGCCGGAGGUCGAGCGCCACUCCCUUCUCGUGCUUCGCUCUUGGAUUCACGGCUCCCCUUUUUCAGCACUAGAAGAGGCUAAAAGGUUCACCUUCAAUUUGAUGGUCAAAAAUAUUAUGAGCAUGGAGCCAUACGAAGCAAAGACAGAGAAGCUGAGAUUGGAGUACAUAACCUUCAUGAAAGGAGUCAUUUCGGCACCUCUGAAUUUCCCGGGGACUCCAUACUGGAAGGCCUUGAAGUCGCGAUCAAACAUCCUCAAUGUGAUUGAACAAAAAAUGCAAGAAAGGAUGGAAGAGAUGAGAGAGCAAGAGAGGGAUGAGGAAGUGGAUGAUCUCCUUAGUUGGGUUCUAAAGCACUCAAAGUUGUCAAAAGAGCAGAUCCUCGACCUUUUGCUCAGCCUACUCUUUGCAAGCCAUGAAACCUCAUCAGUCGCCUUGGCUUUAGCCAUAUUCUUCUUGGAGAGUUGUCCCAAAGCUGUUCAAAGACUCCAGGAGGAGCACAAAGAAAUACAACGCAAGAAGCUACAGAGAGCAGAAUCGAGUUUAAAUUGGGAAGACUACAAAGAGAUGGAAUUCACUCAAUGCGUGAUAAAUGAGACCCUACGACUGGGCAAUGUUGUAAGGUUCGUGCAUAGAAAAGUUCUUCAAGAUGUAGAAUAUAAAGGGUACAAGAUUCCAUGUGGAUGGAAAAUUCUACCUGUUUUCGCUACGGUUCAUUUGGAUCCUUCUCUGUAUGAUGAUCCUCACCAAUUCAACCCAUGGAGGUGGCAAAGCGGCGUGACUUCGGCGACGACGAACAACUUCAUGCCUUACGGCGGCGGCCCCCGUCUAUGCGCGGGCUCGGAGCUGGCGAAGCUGGAGCUGGCGGUCUUCUUGCACCACCUCCUGUUGAGCUACAGGUGGGAAUUGGCCGAGCCGGAUCAGCCGCUUGCAUUCCCCUUCAUCGAAUUCCCGAGAGGACUCCCUAUAAAAGUCUACCCCAUCUGAGGAUUCCAAUGAAAAACGAAUUUACUGGGACAAAAUAUAUACUCAAAACUAAUGUAAAUUCGGGGCUGGUCAUUGCUGAUGAAUGCAGAUGAGUGAGGCUUCAAAAUUUGGGAAAAUGAUUAUUGUUGUUAAUUAAUCUGAUAUUUUGUGUGUAUUGUGUAAAUAGGCGUAGGCGGAUGAAGAUGAUACAGAGUGUUAAACAAAAAUUAUGUUGGAAAAAAAAACAUAUAUGGCUAAUGUAUUGAUGAA